AUGGUGUCCUCGCACGAUGAUCGACCCGAAACAGAAGCCGGGGAAAACGAGAAACACGAAAAUGGAAACAUCGAAUUGAAAAAAGCCAGCAUUGACGGGGACAAUAACGAAGAAAUGACUGUUGAUGAAGAAGGAAAAGAAAAUGGAGAAGAAAAUGGCGAUGGAGAUGGAGAUGGAGAAGGAGAAGAAAAUGGCGAUGGAGAUAGAAAUGAAGAUGAAGAUGGAGAUGGAGAAGGAGAUGAAGAUGGAGAAGGAGAGGCGAGCACAUCAAAUGAUGACUUCAAACAAGAAGGAGCUGCGAGCGCAAAAGAGAACGAUUUGCAAAAAGGAAAUGGUGUCAAGAGGAAAGCCUCCGAUGACGACGAAGUGAUCGCUUUGGAUGAAGACGACAACGUGGAAGCGCCACCACAAGCAAAACAGGCGAAAACCGAUUUGAACGGAAAACAACAGGCUAGUCCGGUUCCUGAUGAUCCAACUACUCACAAGAAUAUGUUGGCGAGGCCAUUGAAGGUGGCAACAAUGUUCAACGUAAACGUUCGUAAACUUAUCUUGGACAAACAACUUGUUCUUCCAAAUACGAUCUCAUUCCCACCAAGUCAGGUUGUUGAUCUUGUCAUCGAACAUGAUCCCGAUUUUCCACUAUCGAAAGUAUUGACAAGGAUGUUUGGAGAAGAGCGACCUAAGCAUUCCGACACCGAGAAGAAAGAGAGGGCAUAUUUGAAGCAAAAUUACGCGGCGCCGCACAUGACUCGUUUGUUGACGGAAAUUGGUCAAGAGCUUGUUCAAGAAGCCACUUAUUGUGAUAUCGUCCAUGCGAAGAAUCUUCCAGAAGCCCCCAAAAACAUGGAAACUUACAAACAAGUGGCUAAUCAAUUGAAGCCUGUUUGGGAACAACUUCGGAAGAAAAAUGAGCCCUUUAAACAAAAAAUAAUAACUUGCCAGGCUUGCAAUUUCAAAACGGAAUCUCGAUUGGUUAUGACUUCUCACCGCUCUGAGUUGCACUAUGAUGGGAGAAAGUUUCAAUGUGGUUUCUGCGGAGAAAAUGAUACAAAUGAAAACCGCAUGAUGAAACAUUACUUGAAAAAUCACGAAGUUGUGGCAACAAAGCCAGAUCCUCCCCUGAGACAUCCGUGCUACAUUUGUGACGAAGACUUCCAAUACAAAGGGCAACGUGAUCAACACAUGCGAGCGGUUUGUAAACGAGAUUUCGCAAAACUACGCUUUGUGAUGGCACCAAAGAAUAAAGAAGAUGUGUCGGCGAUUAACACAUGGUUGUGGGAGAAGCCACCCGUUGACCCAACAAUUCUCGCUCAACAACAACAAAAUCAACGUGAACAGCAAACAAAGCAACGACUUCAGCAACAACAAGCUGCUGGCCAACUCCUUGCUGCACAACGCGAACAACAGAAGAAACAACAAGCUAUGCAGAUUUUGCAGCAGCAACAGUUGCUUCAAGCGCAAAAGCGUCUUUUGGCUACGCAGCCAAAUAUUCGCUCAUCUGGUUUGGGAACCAAUCCAGGGCAAAGCCUCAUAGCAGGGUUUCGUACAAGUCUAGCAAGAAAUCUAGCAAUGCAACGACAUCUGGCUCAAGUUGCGCAACAACAAACUCAACAAAACAGGGGUUCGUCUUCGAGAUUGAACGAUGCUGCAGCGCUAUUCCAGCGUAACCUAGCACAAAAGGCUACAGCAACCCCUUCUCCUAAGUCAGCCCAGCCAUCACAAACUAAAUCUGCAAUGAGCUCGUCAGUCUCAACUCCAUCGACACAUGCUACACUAAACCGAAAUCCCAUACCAAAUGGGGCUGGGUUGGCGACAACAAGUCAAUAUGCAUGUGAAAUCUGUGAUCAAAACGUCCAAGAUCGCGACCGUUAUUUGACACAUUUGCAAGUUUUUCACAAGCAGAUGAAAGGGAAAACGGUGAAUGACAUGCAACAGGGUGCACCAUUAGCAUGUAGCCGCUGUAAAGAAAGGUUUUGGACGUACGAAGGACUUGAAAGACAUCUUGUAAUGUCUCAUGGUUUGGUUACCUCCGAUCUCUUGAGCAAAGCACAACGCCGAGAAGAUGGUGGACGAUGUAAACACUGCAGCAAGCAAUAUGCGUUCAACAUGCUUCAACACUUGGUCGCUGAACAUCAAGUGAAGUUGUGUUCUGCCGAAAUCAUGUAUUCGUGUGACGUUUGCUCAUUCAAAUGCGCUUCCUAUCAACUACUUGAAACUCAUCUCAGCACAGUGCAUCCAAAAAAUGGUGGCAUGGGGGAAAAUGAUCGAGCUCGAACAAAAUGUUUGCAGAGCAAUGGUGCCGAUGCGGACAAAGAUGAUGAAAUCGUUACCCUUGAC